GGCGCAACUAAAUACUGGUGGCUAUUCAGUAAUAAUCUGAUAUUGAGUUUUAUAAUUAUAGUUAAUUCGCUAUCCAAAAAUGGGAGAAAAAAUGCAAGCAGUUGAUAUAAGUAAACUAGGACUAGCACAGUUAACUCAAUUAAAACAACAGCUUGAUCAGGAGAUUGAGCUUUUUAGUUCUUCUCUUCAACAAUUAAGAGCAGCACAUGGGAAAUUCCAGGACUCAAAAGAAUGUGUUGAAAAGCUGACUCCAGACACCAAGGGAAAGGAAAUACUAGUGCCACUUACAGGAUCUAUGUAUGUUUUGGGUCACUUCAGUGAUGUUGACAAGGUGUUGUGUGACGUGGGGACAGGCUACUAUGUUGAAAAGGAUAUUUCAGCAGCAAGUGAUUAUUUUAAGAGGAAGAAUAAAUUUGUUGGUGAUCAAAUAACCAAAGUCCAGAAGUUGGCACAAGAUAAAGUUACACUCAGGGAAAUUGUCAUAGAAACUAUGGAAGCUAAGUUACAAGCUACACUUGCAGCACAACAAGCAGCAGGAACGUCUUGAGAUACUUGUUUUAUUCGUUAAGGGUAGUAUGUAAUAUUAACAUUACUGUAUUUUUACUCAAUUUAUCCUGUUUUUUUUCUUUCCACACUGUUUGUGAAUUAUAUAAUUUAAUGUAGUUGCUUCCUAACAACGUAUAAAAUAAAUUUGUUAAUCCU